AUGGUCAACCAACCAGCCAGGAUUCCAGCCACCACCCCGGCCCUUGCUAGGUUCCUCCCUGCUGCCAUCACUGUUGGCAUCGUUUCCGCCGUCGCCCUGAACAUCCGCUCCCAGCUCAAGACCGAGUCCCAGACCAUGGACCGCUUCUUCGCCAAGUACAAGAACCCCCGGAGCGAGGCCGCCCGGCAAAAGGUCUUUGAUGGCGCCUUGGAGGACCCCCGCAGGAGCUGGUUCAACAUCUUGGGCUGGUGA